AUGAAGCUCAUUAUAGCUGGCGCGACCGGUCUCUUGGGCACUGAGAUUGUGAGACAAAGCCUCCAAAUCCCCGAUAUCACCCAGGUCAUUGCUUUGUCCUGCAAACCUAUCCAGCUUGAUGAAGGUGCCGACUCGUCAAAGCUAAAAAGCGUCCUCAUCCGCGACUAUGGUGAGUACCCUGAUGAUGUCAAGGCUGAGUUCACUGGUGUCGACGCUUGUAUCUGGACUGUUUCCCCUAUUCCCCUCCAGACUGAUAGAUUUGGAUUUUCCGAGGUCAGCCGUGCGUGGCAUGAUUACACCAAAAUUGGAUUCGAGGCCAUGUACGAGGCUGGACCAGUUCAUCCCUUCCGUUUCAUGUAUGUCAGAACAGAGAAAUUUGAAGACUCAACAUGGAAGCCAGUCAUGAAGGUGGAUUAUCAGGUCAUGCGUCGCAACACAGAGCUUACGGUCCUCAAAUUCCCUACUGAAAAGGAAGGAGUGGAGGUUUGCAUCGCUCAGCCCGGGGUUAUUGUUAAAUCAACAAUUUGGUCUACAGGUUUAAUGGCAAACAUCUGUCGCAUCAUCAACAUUUUCGGGCGGCCGGUCCCCGAGAUUUAUCCAAAUGAACUUGCAGCCGCAGUGCUAAAUCAAGUCAUGGAUGGGUUCGAGAAGGAAACACUUCUGGAUUCCGAUCUCGUGCGAAUCGGACAGAAGGCACUGGAUAUAUCUCAGGACAGCUGA